AUUGAACGCGAAGAAGACGCGUCCAAAAGACCUGCUUCUGCCUACGACAAACAAGAAGCCAGUUCAGCCCAAAAACAAGUUCAAAAUCGGUCUUUAUAGGACUGCCAACAUCCACGCAGUCCUUAUGCGACGCACGGCAUGGCAGAAAGACAGGACAAUGAGGUGGAAGAGGCCCAGCACAUCUACCUGCUGAUGAAGGAGGAGUACCGCAUCUCCAGGAAUGUGCGUCUGGCCUGGUUCCUCGGCAAACUCAAACAAGUCAUCCGUCCGGCCUCACAAGCAGAGCUGCUCAACUCGGGCAACGAGUUGGACUUGCUGAGCGUUUUGGCUAAAGGACGGCCGCCGGAUGCCGCCGCCCGGCCCGCCGCGUUGAUGCCGUCGACGCGUGCCACGUUCCUUGCGCGGCGGUAUCGCUUCAUCAUUGAGUUGGAUCUCAGCCCCUCCACGGGGAUCGUGGACGAUAGCACGGGAGAGAUGAUCUUCGACGAAGUUUUCCACGCCUUGUCCAGAUGUCUAGCCGGUUUGGCGCAACCGUUCAAAGUUCCGGGGACGGAGCGGCUCUUCACACCAAAGAUCUUCGUCACCAUCUUGGUCUACUCUUCCAUUCUGGGCCUCACGUCACAUCAGGUUUUGGUGCAAGGGUGUCAGCUGGACCGGAUAGAUCUGAACCAAUUCCUGCAUCAUAUCUACCAGCAGCUCAAAGCGGUGGAGAGCAGCAUUGCCGAUGUUCUCAAUCAGCGCCAUCAAAGUAGCUCCUCGGCGGAGUGCGGUCUCCACGGCAAUGGCGCGGAGGAUCAGCCACCGAAGAGGCAGAGCAUCUCUGUGGUGUCCCCAGACGUCGGUCUGGUCAGCAUGGUGCGUCAGGGCAUCCUGGCCUUGCAACUGCUACCUCCAAACUCCAGCGCCGGUAUCAUCAUUGUCACGGACGGCGUGAUGAGCGUCCCGGACGUAGUGGUGUGCGAAACGCUGCUCAACCAGCUGAGGAGCGCGACCAUCACGUGCUCAUUUGUUCAGGUGGGCGGUCCGUACUCGUACGACUGCAGCUUCGGCUACAUCCCCAAUGUGGAGCUAAUGAAGUUCAUCUCCGUGGCAACCUUCGGAUCCUACCUGGCCAGCUGUCCUCCGACCGAGCCGGACGGCCAGGAUAUGAACGCCUACCACAAGGCCUUCCUCACCUACUCCUUCCUCAAGACCCCCGAGGCCAUCGACACGGACAUCUCCGGCGUGUCCCAGCACAAGCUGUUUAACGAGCACUUGGUCUCGGCGAGCAGUAACCCGGCGCUGGCCGUGCGCAGGAAGAAGCACGCGGAAAAGGAGGUGCACGCUCACUUGAUCAGUGUGGUCUCCGUCCGACUCAGGGAAGGUUACACCAUCCGGGAGAUCGCCCUUACAAAAGGCGGGAGCCAGCUGGAGGUGAAGCUAGUGCUCCUGUGGAAGCACAACAUGCACAUCGAGUACGUGGCGUCGGCUCCGUGGCCGCUGGACCCCGGCAAGCGCGUCACCCGGGUGGAGGUGACCAUGGAGGGCAGCUACGACAUCCUGCACGACAUCAGCUGCACGCAGAGGAAGCCCAUCACCAGCCCCUAUCGCACCUCCGUCAUCCGUCGAUUCUGGAACACGCUGCAGAGUAUCAACCAGACGGAUCAGAUGCUGGUGCACCUUCAGUCCUUCAACUCGCUUCCGGAGAACUACAGCAUCCCGGAGAGCACCAAGAACGGAGUUCCACUCUUCUACAUCCCGCCUGGAUCCAGCACCCCGGUUCUGUCGUUGCAGCACGGCGGCUCGAAAGACUCGUCACAGUCGCAGUUUGCCUCUUACUGGAAGCCCAUCCUCUCCAUGGAUGCUAACUUUUGGCAGCGCUGGCUGCACAUGCACCGCAUCGCCAUCAUCCUCGAACACGACAUGCCGGUGCCCAAGCACGUGCACACGGCGGGCAACAACGGUCGCUACAGCACCAUCCAGUGCCGCAUCUCGCACUCGGCGCUCACCUCGCUGCUGAGGGACUGGAGCAGCUUCGUGCUGGUAGAAGGAUACUCCUACGUCAAACUCAUAUACAGUUCGGCGGAGCAGCCCCCCACCUCCUUCUAUCUGGUCCGUCUCAUCUCCAAGACCCCCUGCAUGGUCCUGCGACUUGGCUUCCCCAUCGGAACGCCUGCGCACGUCCGAAACAAGAUUGUGGACGAGCUCCGCGACCAAAUCCUGAAGUUGCGUUUCCCGCACCGUGUUCAGAGCAAGGAAGCCACGCCCAAAACUAAGAGGAAAGCGACGGGGGGCGCGGCGGCAGCCGGUCAGCCGUCGCCGUCCAAGUCUCCCGCUCUUUCCGCCCCCAAGCAGGCGAUGUCGGACCGGCCGUGCGUGGUGGUCCUCAACAAGCCGCUGGAAAAGCUCCUCAUCAGGUACGAAAAGCUACCUCUGGACUUCAGAACCCCCUUCGCUUUUGGAACUGGGAGCCCGUCUUCCUCGCAACCCUCCGGCAACGUGGCGGCCAACCGCGCCGCCUCGUCCACGUUAGCUUCGCUGUCUCGCUACUUCCUGCACCGUCGCUGGGUUUGGGCGCCGCAAAGUGGACGGGGGCCGGCCGCAGCCACGCAGGCCGUCGCCAACAUCCUAGCCGUGCUGUCCGAAAUCCGCCUGUCGGAGGGUUUUCAUUUUGCCGCCAGCGGAGACGGCAUCGUCAACAUGGUCAUCGAGCUGCCCAUGAAGGGAACGUCACCCGACUGGGAGCGAGAGAAUCACUCUUGCCUGGUGCAGUACAUCCUCUUCCCGCCUCACGCGACCUCCACGAAGGACAGCUUCUCCACGGACGACGACAACGACGCGGACGUGGAGGUGGCAGACGCCGAGGCGGAGCUCCAGCUGGUGACCGAAUGCUGGGUGGAGCCUCAAAGUGGCGUUGUCGCUGACCAAUCAGAACAGCGGCGACAUCUGAGCGGCCUCAGCUACCAGGAAGUGCCUCGGGCCAUCUUCCCCAGAGAUUUAGCUUGCGUGUCCACCCUGAUGACAUUUGAGUACCUGAGUCAGCUGUGUCAAAACAAGGAGCAGGAGUGCCAUGUGCCUGCUGGACUCCAAGACACCACAGGAGAAGCUGCUGCUUCUGCCUUGGAGGAGAACAUUCACAUGGUUCCCUUCCAGUUUGAUCUCAUCCAGCUUCUGCCCAAAUGCCAGCAGGUGGAGCUUUUCUUCCUGACCUUCAGCACAGAGGCGGAGCUUGAAGAACACCCGGGCGGUCCCUGCCUGCCCAACGAGCUGCUCCUGGGCCUCUUCCACAGCAGCCUGGAGCAGGAGCUGAGCGACCGCGAGAUCCCCGUCGUCGGCGAGGACCACGCCGCUUUCGCGCGACACGUCUUGGAGCGCCAACGCGACGGCCACGGCGCUCCAUUCCCGCCGCCCGUCGUUAAAGCGGAAGAGUUUACGAGGCUUCCGGAUAGACUGGAAACCAUGUCGACGUUUCAGUUAACCAGCAGCGUUAAUGAGAUGACUGAAUCCACCGGCACUUUGCAGAGUUUGGCUGACACGGCGUCCGACGAGCCUUCGCCUUGGCCCUGGUCGGCGGGGCAGAGCGCUUCGUCGCCUCGGUGGCGAUGUUACGCCAAGCGAGUCGGCUCCCAGCAAAUCCUGCUCACCUUCCUGCCCGCCACCUUCGCAGACGUUCAAUUGCUGAUGAACUCAGAGGCAGAGCCUUUGAGCCAGGUCAGCACGCAAGAGGACGACACGUUGACACCGGGAAACAAGUCGCCGUGCGGAUCCGCCGGACCGGCCGACACGACGACGUCAGACGGCUGGGAAAGCACCCGGCCCGGGACGCCCGACUCGGAUUUGGGCGAAAAAGUUCACUUCUCGGAGCCGAGGCGGCCCGACGCACACGGCGCCGGGGACCUCCCGGGCCGCCGGCUGUCCCUGCAGAACGCCGGCACGCAGCUCAAGUGUCCCGUCUACGUGUACAAUUGCUGCCUGGAGCUACUCAAGGAGCAGCUGGUCCACCCCGCCGCCAACCGGCAACCCAGAGACGUCUUUUUCAGGUCGCUGUCUCACGACCGCAGCAGCCCGUCGCCUUGGACCGACCUCUUGGCGCAACCUCACAAGCACAAAGAGCUGGCCCACUACUGUGGCCUGCUGCAGGAGCACUACCAGCAGAGUUUCGCCAAAGGAGUCUAUGCGAGCUUGCAGCAGUCGCUCGGCAUCGGUUCCCAGGACGUCCUGAUGGCCAUGGACUACUGCGAGGAGUCCCUGCAGGAGAUCGACAUCACCGCUUUCCUGCAGACUCUGUGCGGACACGUCCGGACGUUUCGGGAGAACGGGACGCCGACCCGGCCCGCCGAAGCGGUCGGGAGGUCCGCCGGCUUUGUGGUGGGCGAGCCCGAAGAGGAAGGACCUGACGUCAGGUCUGUUGUGACCUCCUUGUCCAGUUUGGAACAGGGAGACACCAGCGAAGCGGAGUCCGGGAAGUUCUCCACGUUCCCCCUGGAGUCGCUCCGAACGCAUCCCGCCUGUGACGUGUGUCCGGAAGUGCAAGAAAUCAUUCAGGAAAAAUUCAUGGGAAUCGUCUUCCAGUAUUUCAAACCUGUGCCUUCCAAUCCGCAUUACUUCUUCUACUGCCCACCGUCUUCCAAGACCGAGGAGGACUCCGAAUUGGGCGAGAUGGACGCGAGGCUCGGCGAGGACCCGGUGUCCGAGGCGGAGCAAGCCACUGAGGACGAAACGGCAUCCAACAGCUGCAUCACCACGGAGAGCGACACCGACUUGGUGGUGGAAUAUGAGGAGCGACCCGCUGCCGGCGGCGAGGACCGCUCGCACUCGGACUCCAACACGCUCAAUCAGGAUCAGGACCGAGACCAGGACCAGGACUCCUUCAGCAUCCUGGACGAAGGCGACUCCCUGCUGGAGGUGGAGGCGCCGCAGAUGGACAUGCCGCCACUUUUCCUACACGUCACCUGCUCCGUCAGCGCCAAGAGCUGCCACGGAUCCACGCCCAUCCGCACCUUGCCCACCUGUCUCGGCCAGCUGGUCUCCUGUCUGGAGGACGCCGAGGCUUUAGACGACGUGGACUUGAAGGAGCUGUCGGUCACGCUGGACAUCUUCGUACUGACGCUUCCUCUGGAGAUGGAAGUGGUGGGCGACUUUCAUCACAACCGGUACGCGUCGGAGAGCAGCGUGUCCCUCAACCGUUCUCCGGCACAGCCGUCGUCCUACCGCUCGGAUGAGGAGCUGACAGCCGUGCUGGAGGGACUCAAGGGAGCCGACAUGGACGUGGUUUGCGGUGAACCUUUGUCCAAGUUGCUGCUUCCUCACAAGCUGGCUAUCCUGGCCACCAUGGAUGAAAUCCGCUGGUUGCUGGAAGACGAGAUCGUGUCGGCGCUCCGACGCUCGCGCUCCGUCGGGCUCCCCGCGUUGCUCAAGGUGGCGCAACACGUGGUCCGCUCGGUCGGACGGCCGCACUGUCGCGGCGAGGAUGUCCCGCUGCAGUUUGUCUUCAGGCCCGAGCAGUCGCUGGACAAGUUCAAAGAGGAGUUCUGUCGCAUGGCGCUCCCCGGCUACGUGCUCAACAGCGAGCGCGACGGCUUCUUCUACGUGUCGCUCAGCCGGCUGCAUCCGCACCGGACGCACGUUGGAGAGAGGCUGUCGGAAAACGGCGUCGACCAGGCGCGGUUUCGGGAAGAGUUGCGAUCAGAGGCGGAGUUCAACAACACUUCCGCCCUUUCCGAGAUGGACGGCGACUACGCGCGGAGUUCGGUUAGCCUCCCGCUUCUGAACGAGGCCACCUUGCCCACCGAGAGCUCCUCUUGCGUCAGCCUGGCCGAGUCGACGCAGUCCGCUUCUCACAGCUUCGGCAAGCUGAGACCUAGUCGAGUGCAGAGCUUCGUCUCCAGCCAAGGGAGUUUGGAUUCCGAUAUGCAGGGAUACGACGGCGACAGCAGCGAGUCGGAGUGCGAGAGUCCCGCCAUGGACGAGCAGGAGAGUCAGAGCCCCCUCAUGCCAGACUUCUGGCUCCUGGCCAAGAUCCACCAGGACAGAGUCAAGGUCUACUCGCAUUCCAGGAGCGUGAGUGAGGAAACUGAGCAGGAGAACAGGGAGGACCAGCAGAAGCUGCCCGAAUGUUUACAACUACAUCAGAUGGUGGUCAGGAAGAUUGGGGAACUGUGUCGGAGGGUCAACCAGCACAUGCUACUGCAGGAUCUUCACGACAGUCACGUCUGCAACUCCCUGCUUGUGGCCGAGAGUGAGGAGGACAUCUGGAAGGGCGAGUCGGCGUACAGGCAGCGGAACCGCAACACUUCGGACGAGUACCACGCCGAGGAGAGCUACCCGUCCCGAGAUUACCUCGCCGCCACCAUGCACUUCAUCCCGGGACACUUUGCCUGCGACGUGGUGUGUAGCACCGUCAUCCGCAUCCACCCGAGACUCAAGAUGGGACCGAACAUGGGCGUGUCCAGAGCAAUUCAGGCCUUACGGUCCGUGCUCAACUCCUUCUGCGUGGUCAACAGAAAGAACAUGUUCGUCUACCAGGAGCGCACCACCAAAUCUGUCUUCUACCUCAGACUUUAUGAGACGUCUCUCUCGGGCAAAUACUCGGACGUUGAUGGUGGCUUCCCCGCUUCUCGUUCCCUGAGCCUGGCCAGAAGUCAGGAGCCGUUGUUUUCCGAGGAUCUCAUGGGUUCCAGGUCAUCUUUGGAGGGCUCUCGUCCGGUGGGCCAGGCAGACAAGCACAUCCUGCUGCUGGUGCACGGCGUCGACCGCGCGGGACCCGAGAUCACGGACGACCUGGUGAAGGUUUUGCGCAAGCGUCUGGACGAAACCACGCUGGACAUCAUCACCGUCAUGCUGGUCAGGAACUGCAAGCUGACGCCCGCCGACGUCGAGUUCAUCCAGCCGUCGGGAUCGGCGUCCAGCGAGGUGGUGACCUUCGGCCUACCCGCUUUCUGUCUGCCGUGGCUGUCGGCCGUGUCGCAUUACCUUCGCCAGAACCUGCUCAUUUUCCUGCAUGUGCCCAAGUACACGGACAGCAACACUGCGCACCACUUCAAGCACUGCUUUCAUUCCAAUGCCGACAUGGCAGACGGCGAUAUCUACCUCUACAACAAGCCUGGAGGGCAGGGGACAGGAGGCAAAGGAAUUGCCUGCAUCACUCUGACCUUCCUGGAUGCGGCGGGGCGCCCCCUUCAGGCCGCCGCCGUCCGCGACUGCAGCAAGCAGACGGACAACUGCUCGAGCCCUUUGCAGCCCCGAGACUUUGAGCGCUUGACCACCGUACUGAGAAUCACACCCGACUCUGGAAACGAUGACAAAGAGUCGGCGGCAACGUUACUAGUGCGCUUCGACGUAUGGGAGCAAGGCAACGUCAGCCCGGCGCAGCUGGCCGACAAGCUGCAGGGGGCGCUGCGCCACGCCCUGUGCGACGUGCUCACCGAGAUGACGGUGCUGCCGCACCCGCUCUGCCUGCCCUGCGCCGGCGCCGACGUCCGCAAGGAUCACGUCAAGGUCGCGCCUGAGGCCAAGGAGGUGGCCAAGGACGCUCUGCGGCAGCGUAGCGGCUCGCGGGUUUUCAGAAGCAGCCCUUCGCCCAUCAGUUUCGCACAGGGCGGCGGCAUGACGGGAACCAGCACACCCGAGUCCACCACGCCCACGGGAAAAAGCACACGGAGAAGCUUCUGGGACAUUUUGAGCAAACCCGACUCGUCGGAGCUGGGCAGCCCCAAAACCACGGACGACAUCGUGCCCGAGCGAGGCGAGGAGGGUCGGGCGGCGCGCCGCAGGCACAAGACGGAGAGCGUCAAGCAGCAGUGGUCGCAGGAGAGGCCCGGCGAGCUGGAGCAGGCGCACAGGAAGCAAGCGUACCAGCUGGAGGAAGGCGACGCCGGCGCCCUGCAUCCCAUCUACCAGCUCACCUGCCAGCCCUGGCUGGCCUUCAUGGCCGAGCUGGGCUGCCCGUCCGUUCAGCAGUGCUCGGCCGACGUGGCGUCCCACUUCCUGCUGCCGUCCGUCUUGACCGAGCUGGUCAACCUGGUGACGUCGCUGGCGGGCGACACCGCCGUCAAGGUCUUCGUCAACACCGGCUGCCCUGUAUCAGGCGACAUCUUCGUCCCCUCCACAAGCACGCAAAACCCGGCGCCGCAUCCCCCCGCCACCACUUCGCGCAACUUCAUCCUCAUCGGCAGGAACUUCCAGCAGUGGCACUGCAGCGCCGAGCGAGCCGCCGACGAGAGUUCAGAGGAGGAAAGCGUGAUGCCGCUUAGUAGAUUUACACCUCACAAAGGCCUCCAGCGCUUCGAAGCCUCGGAGCAGCAGCAGCAGCAGGGCGACUCUAGCGGCGGCCUCUCGGGCCAACAGUCGGCCCCCGCUCCCCGCCAGAGGUUCCUCUUCAUCCGCGUACUGGACAAAAAGGUGACGCUGUACAGCUACAACUGGUCGCCGGACCUGGCCGGCUCGCUCAACCGCGAGCUGCUGCGCCUGCUCCGGUGGCAGAACGCCCGAGCCCACGUGCUGCACUGCCUGCUGAGCCAGAAGAUGGGCCUCUUCCACCACCACUGCUUCUCCGACGCGCCGCUCCACCGCGCGCGCUCCGAGCGGGAACCCAACCCCUUCCUGGGCGCGUCGACCGAGCCGGACACGCUCCUGCGCAGCGCCGUCCCGCCGCCGCCGGCCAGCAAGGAGCAAGGUCGGCUGGCGUCGGCGGGCCGCAGUCUGGCGCCGCUUCACUUCCCCUCCGAGCUUCUUCCCUUCGACGAGGCUCUCCGGGACGUGGGCGCCAUCGGGACGUUGGCGGACGGGGACGCCGUCGCCCGCCACGGCGGGCAGCUCCUGGAGAUCAAGGCGGCCGAGAGGAGAGAACUGGAGAAACAGAUGAAGAUCGAGAACCUGUUCGUGACCUGGCAGCAGCGUUCGGCGCAAUCUAACAUGCCCAUCGCGCUGGCCGAUUUGGAGACCUUGAAGCAGUCGUCCCGUCUGGUGCAUUACUGCGCCACGCCGCUGCUCUUCGACCCGCUCUUCCGCAAGCAGAUCCAGGACGAGCAAGUCGCUCAGCCGCCCGCCAAGAAGCGCCACCGCUCCAACGACUCGACGGCGUCCGGGCAGGGGCCGGGACGCGACCGCAGCCACAGCGGCGACUCGGGCGACUCGGCGCUGUCCGGCCGGCCCAAAGAAGACGCCUGGCUGCUGGACAUAUCCAGUGCUUUCCUGCAGCACUACGUGCAGUACCUGCAAAGCAUGGGCUUCAUCCUGGUGCAAGUGCGACCGCAGUCGCCCGCUCGCAGCAUCGCCCGCGCUAGAGCCGCCAUGUUGAGUUCCAUGUCGUCAGAGGGGAGGAUGUCCUUCUCCUACGUCAAGCAGAAGAGCGAAGACAGCCCCAAGACGGCCGUGUCCGCCACCACCGCUUACCACCUCCAGAGGGCGCUGCCGGGCGGGAUCGUGCUGAUGGAGCUGGCUUUUCAGGGCUGCUACUUUUGCGUCAAGCAGUACGCGCUGGAGUGUUCGCGCAUACCCAUGGGCCAGUCGGUCAACUCGCAGGGCGGCCUCCUCAGCAAAGCUCGAUGUAAGCCCUUCCCGGACGCCGACUGCGCGCUCUCCAUGCUGUUCACCGAGGAGUGCGACAAGGUGCGCGACUUGAUGCACGUGCACUCCUUCAGCUACGACUUCCACCUGCGGGUGGUCCACCAGUACCUGCUGGGAUCUCACAUGACGCUGCGCCAGGGCUACCAACUCACCGAUUUCCUCAGGGACUUUGUCACGCAGCACCCCGACAUCCCCAAGUUUGGACGCAACCACGUCUUCCAAGGGAACUUGUCCAUGUCCACGGGGAUGAUCACGGCCCACCAGCUUUACAACUACAUGACGGACCACGCCGGCGCUUACGGCAUGAAGCCCCUGCGCAUGUCCAAGGCGGCCGCCGCCUACGACGGCAAGAAAACCGCCCCGGACCUUUACGAGUACGCUCUGGUGGCCGUGUGGAACAGCUCGGGUUCUUACAAGGACCUGGAGGGGCUCCACCACCACGACGACUUUGACGUGUCGCUGGUGGUGUGUCACAACGCCGCCCCCUUUGAGGAGCAGUCCGAGGGGGAGAGACACCUGCUCAGGUUACGCUUCUACGUGAUCAUGACGAGCCAGCGCGAGCUUUUCCCCCGACUCACGGCCGACAUGCGCCGCUUCAAGAAGCUUCCCCGGAUCCACCGCCCCGAGAGCCGCGCGUCCCCGCCUACCGACCCCUGGGAGGAAGCGGCCGGUUCCGGCUCGGAAGCCUGCGCGCCCAGCGACGACGAGGAGUUCGAGCUUUCGUCCCGCGGGCCGCUCUACCCGUCCUUCCCGCUGCUCGGCAACGAGGUAGGCGCCGCCCGCCGGCAGAUCGGCGCCGGCGUGGAGGAGGCCAUGGGGCACUGCCGGCGCGACAACCUGUGGAGGAGGCUGUUCCACGGCGAGCACCUGGCACUGGACAAGCUCAAGCUGACCAAGCUGACUUUCGGCGAGCUGGAGGAGCUGCUGCAGGCCGUGCAGAGCCGCUCGGUGGGGGACAUCGACCCCCAGCUGGACUGCUUCCUCAACAUGAGCACCGCCUGGUACCAGAGUCUCAUCAAAGUCCUGCUGGGCCGCUUCCCCCAAAGUUGUCGGCAUUUCGACGAAGGCGGCGUCCAGUACCUGGCCGUUCUGAAUCAAAAGUUCACCGACUGCUUCGUUUUGGUCUUCCUGGACGCCCAAACUGGCAAAACGAGUCUAAAGGUGGUUUUGCGAGAGCCGUUGCCGCCGGAACCGCAAGACGGCGGCAGCCCGCCUCCCCAGCUGGUCUCCAUGUACCACCACUUGGAGUCCGUCAUCAACGUGGCCUGCUUCAACCUCUGGACCGGUCUCUUGUAACCCCUUCUGGCUUGCUAGCAUCGAGCUACAUAUCUAAUUUAUUUUGCCGUCUCUGGAUCUUGUUUUCAUCCAGAAGAUCUGGAUGGAAGUCCUGUACAGUUAGCGCGGAAAGGCUCAUAGUGAGCGCCAAAAUUUGGCUCCCCCCUGUGGGACGUGCCUGGAACUCCUCGCUAAAGAGGCCCCCCAACCUGACGCCCAAGCCGCCUCAUCGGGCUCCUCGCAAUGCGGAGUGUUUCUUAGCUCAGGAAUGCCCCAAAACUAACAGGAAGUGACCCUGGUAUGUCUCAAAAUCAACAAAUCAUGAUAAGGAAGCGACCCAGAAGGCCCCAAAACAAAUACUGACCCAAGAUGGCUGCAACUGGGAAAUACCCCAAAAUCAACAGGGAAUAAUCUAAAAUGUUUAGGAAAUUACCCAAAAUCAACAGGAAGUGGCCUGGAAAUUCCCCAAGAUCAACAGGAAAUGAUCCACAAUGUACAGGAAGUAACCUGGAAAUGCCCUUAAGUCAACAGGAAAUGAUCCAAAAUGUAUAGGAAGUGACCCAAAAUCAACAGGAAGUAAACUGGAAAUUCCAUGAAAUCAACAGGCAGUGACCAAUCAACAGAAAGUGCCCUGGAAAUGAUCCAAAAUGUACAGGAAGUGACCCCGAAAUGCACCGAAGCCAACAGGAAGUAACCUAGAAAUGGCCCAAAAUCAACAGGAAGUGGCCUGGAAAUGCCCUAAGAUCAACAGGAAAUGAUCCACAAUGUACAGGAAGUAACAUGGAAAUGAUCCAAAAUGUAUAGGAAGUGACCCAAAAUCAACAGGAAGUGGCCUGGAAAUGCCCUUAAUUAGACAGGAAAUGAUCCAAAAUGUAUCAGAAGUGACCCAAAAUCAACAGGAAGUAAACUGGAAAUUCCAUGAAAUCAACAGGCAGUGACCAAUCAACAGAAAGUGCCCUGGAAAUGAUCCAAAAUGUACAGGAAGUGACCCCGAAAUGCACCGAAACCAACAGGAAGUAACCUCGAAAUGGCCCAAAAUCAACAGGAAGUGGCCUGGAAAUGCCCUAAGAUCAACAGGAAAUGAUCCACAAUGUAUAGGAAGUGACCCAAAAUCAACAGGAAGUAAACUGAAAAUUUCAUGAAAUCAACAGAAAGUGUCCUGGAAAUUAUCCAAAAUGUACAGGAAGUGACCCCGAAAUGCACCGAAGCCAACAGGAAGUAGCCUAGAAAUGGCCCAAAAUCAACAGGAAGUGGCCUAGAAAUGCCCUAAGAUCAACAGGAAAUGAUCCACAAUGUACAGGAAGUAACCUCGAAAUGCCCUUAAUUAGACAAGAAAUGAUCCAAAAUGUAUCGGAAGUGACCCAAAAUCAACAGGAAGUAAACUGGAAAUUCCAUGAAAUCAACAGGCAGUGACCAGUCAACAGAAAGUGCCCUGGAAAUGAUCCAAAAUGUACAGGAAGUGACCCUGAAAUGCACCGAAGCCAACAGGAAGUAACCUAGAAAUGGCCCAAAAUCAAUAGGAAGUGGCCUGGAAAUGCCCUAAGAUCAACAGGAAAUAAUCCACAAUGUACAGGAAGGAACCUGUAAAUGCCCUUAAGUCAACAGGAAAUGAUCCAAAAUGUAUAGGAAGUGACCCAAAAUCAACAGGAAGUAAACUGGAAAUUCCAUGAAAUCAACAGGCAGUGACCAAUCAACAGAAAGUGCCCUGGAAAUUAUCCAAAAUGUACAGGAAGUGACCCUGAAAUGCACCGAAACCAGCAGGAAGUAACGUCGAAAUGGCCCAAAAUCAACAGGAAGUAACAUGGAAAUGAUCCAAAAUGUAUAGGAAGUGACCCAAAAUCAACAGGAAGUGGCCUGGAAAUGCCCUUAAGUCAGCAGGAAAUGAUCCAAAAUGUAUAGGAAGUGACCCAAAAUCAACAGGAAGUAACUGGAAAUUCCAUGAAAUCAACAGGCAGUGACCAAUCAACAGAAAGUGCCCUGGAAAUGAUCCAAAAUGUACAGGAAGUGUCCACGAAAUGCACCGAAACCAACAGGAAGUAACCUCGAAAUGGCCCAAAAUCAACAGGAAGUAGCCUGGAAAUGCCCCAAGAUCAACAGGAAAUAAUCCACAAUGUACAGGAAGGAACCUGGAAAUGCCCUUAAGUCAACAGGAAAUGAUCCAAAAUGUAUAGGAAGUGACCCAAAAUCAACAGGAAGUAAACUGAAAAUGUCAUGAAAUCAUCAGGCAGUGACCAAUCAACAGAAAGUGUCCUGGAAAUGAUCCAAAAUGUACAGGAAGUGACCCCGAAAUGCACCGAAACCAGCAGGAAGUAACGUCAAAAUGGCCCAAAAUCAACAGGAAGUGGCCUAGAAAUGCCCUAAGAUCAACAGGAAAUGAUCCACAAUGUACAGGAAGGAACCUGGAAAUGCCCUUAAUUAGACAGGAAAUGAUCCAAAAUGUAUCGGAAGUGACCCAGAAUCAACAGGAAGUAAACUGGAAAUUCCAUGAAAUCAACAGGCAGUGACCAAUCAACAGAAAGUGCCCUGGAUAUGAUCCAAAAUGUACAAGAAGGGACCCCGAAAUGCACCGAAACCAACAGGAAGUAACUUAAAAAUGGCCCAAAAUCAACAGGAAAUGAUCUAAAAUGUUCAGGAAGUGAACCCAGAAUUCCCAAAAUCGACAGGAAUCAACUUAAAAUCAACAAACGGUGACCUGGAAAUGCCCCCCAAAUGUACAUGAAGUGACCCAGGAAUGCCCCAAAACAACAGGAAAUGACCUGCAAGUAGCCUAAAAUGACAAAAAGCGACCCCAAAUGAACAGUUUGGCUCCCAUUGAUGUCCAAUUGACUUAACCUGGAAAGGCUAGUUUUGAAUCGUCAUAUUUCAGUGCAACUGCCAUUUGGCCAAAAAUGAACUUGUCCAGCCCACAUGGGAGCUCAUUGUAUGUACAGUAUAUUUGUGCCAAAUUCUGACCGAGCAAUGAUAGAUUUUGAGCUCAGAAAAAUAUACCGUACAUCGUUAUUAUUAUGAAUGGUAUUUUAUAUUGAAAUUAUAAUAUUUAUUAGAGUUGAUAAAAGAAUUUUAAAUGAUAUCCGAUCAUAUCGGUCUUGCAUCAUGGGGUUUGGGCUAAUAUGCAUUUUGCUUUCUACCUUUGUACAAGGGCUGGUCAAAGUUAUCCUAAUUGUCUCCAAACUAAGAUGCUUUGGAUUGGUGAUGUGAUCAGACAUUUUGCAUUCAUGGUGCAAAACUAAUAAAUUACAAACUAAUUACAUGUAGCUACUGUGUUAUCAAAAAUAAAUAGUCCCUAAGAAAAGUAAUUCAAAAAAUUGUGGAAUUGUCAUUGCAUUGGCAUGUCCAAUGAUUUUUAAUGCUCUGGUAGCCCCCUAGUGGCUGUUUGGGGUAACAACGGUUAACCUGAUUUCAUGGCGAUUUAAUUUUGGUUUAUUUCAGUUUAUAUUAUUCACAUGGGACGUUCAUUUUUUUUUUAAUUACCGUUUGAAGUUGUUCUCUUAAUUUUCACAAAAUGUUUAUUUUAUUUGGAAAACCUUGAAGUUGUUACAUUUAUCAUUAUUAAAGCAACUAGUUGUGCUAUUCCUAAUUGUACCGUGAUGCCCAACCCGAAUAUUGGAAUCGGUUUUAUAUAGGUAUCGGAUUUUUAUAGUUGGACAAUAUCGGUUAAAAAAAAUUAUUACUAUAAUUUGUAUAGGUAAAAAAAAAAUUAUUACUAUAAUUUUUUUUUACCUAUACAAAUAAAAAAAUAUAUAAAUAUGGUGUAAAAAAAUUUUUUUUUUAAAUAAUGAAUAAUAAGAAAAUAAGAAAUAUAUAUAAAAUAAAUAAAUAAAAAUGUAAAAACAUUUUUUCUAAAAAAGUACAAAUAUAAAAAAUACAAAUAUAUGCAAAAUGUCAUACAAAAAUAAAUUUUAAAACAUUUUAAACAUUUUUUCUAAAAAUAUAAAUAUUCAAAAAAAAGUAAAAAUAAUAAAAAAUAUAUAUUUUAAAACACAAAUAAACAGUAAAUAUAUCAAAUGUAAUAAAAAUAAAAAAAUGUAAAAACAUUUCUUGUAAAAAAAAUAAUAAAAUAUUACAAAAAUAAAUUUUUUAAAAACACACACAUAUAUAUAUAUAUAUAUAUAUAUAUAUAUAUAUAUAAUACAAAAAUAAACUUGAAAAAAUCAAGUCUAUCAGAAAACUCGAAUAUCAUAAAAUAUUUAUACAUAAAUUCUAAUAAUUAUAUUGUAAUGUUUUUAAUUAUAUUGAAUUAUAUUCAGAUAUAAUAAUAUUGGCCCAAAACCAAUCAUGAAAAACCGAUGACAAUAUUCAAUAUCACUUUAAAAUGCUUAUAUUGCCCGAUUAUAUCAAACAACUCUAAUUACGAUUAUUGUCUCAAGUUAUGGAACUUGUUCUAUUGCGUUCUUUCCAAAGAAGUCCAAGUCAGUCUCCCACGCGAAUGGUAAGAAGUGAUCUAAUUGGAAGGCAAACAGCCAAUCGGUGUACAGUACUUCCGCCAGCUCGCUAAUUGGUUGGCUUUGUGCGGUGCGCACCAAACUGAGCGCACAGAGAGGACAAACCGGUGAGCACAGUGGUUAUUUGGAAAACCUUGAAGUUGUUACAUUUAUCAUUAUUGAAAAGAUUGAGCGGGUAAGACUAACAUGCAAACACAAUUAAUGAGUGAUUUUAUUUAUUUAUUUUUUGCUUGAUACAUUUUUCUAUGCUCAAAAUCUACCAUUGCUCACUCAGAAAUGUAGCACAAAAUGAAACGCCAUAUGAUUGCAAACCAAAAAGAGUUUGACAUCCCUGUUUUAGCUUAUAUCCGCUGAGGAAACACAUAUUUAUCCCAACAGCAGGAUCCCCCCCCCCCCCCCCCCACCUACCCACCCGUGGUACUUGAACUCUUCCGUUUGAGGCACUCGAACAUGAACUUGUGCCUUGUUUGGACUUUGCUACCACAUCAGUGUUUACGCUAGGAUUUUGGUCCAAGCAUGUUUGCAUUUCACUGCCCAAAAGUGCCUUCUCACUUUUUUUUUAUCGACUUUAUGACUCACAUUAACUAUUAUGAUUUCUCCCCCCCCCCCCCCCCCCCCCACACUUUUUUAAGGGUUAACAGUCCUAAAUGAGUUUUAGGAUGUCAAACACUGGAGGACACUAUUCAAAUAAAUACUGUAUGAUGAGAGUACCGUGUUUCCUUGAACUUCUUGAUUUGAAUGAUUAGCACCAAUGGCAGAGUGGCAUACGGGGAUUUCACUGGUGCAUGAAUUGAUUGAAAAAUAAUCAAUUAACUCAUUACUGAUGAAUACAUCGACAUGGAUGCUACCUCUUAGUCACGUGACUAUGAGUGAAGCUUUCAGCCAGGAGAUGAUGUCGUCAGGUGGUGUCCAACCUUCAUUGGGCGUUGACACCCUGAACCACAACGCCCUCCUAUUGGUGGGUCGGCAACUGAGGUGCGUAGAGUAGCCGAAAAUUUGACCAAAUAAUUAAUAUAUAACUAGAAACUGCAAUUUCUGGAGAAAUUACUCUAUGUCUUUGCUGUGUGGAGAUACAGAUCUUAGCCUCACCCAGGCUGGUUUGGGGACAUUUCGGGAACAAUAUCAGGUCACUUCCUGUUGAUUUGGGGACUUGUCCUGGUCAUGUCAGGUUAUUUUGGGACAUUUGGUGGGCGUGGCCUGGUCAUAUCAGGUCA